AUGGCGCCCAAAACUCUGGACGAAGACUUCCGAUUCAUCAUGACCUGCAUCAAGCACUCACCACCGGCCGCAAAACCUAACUUCGACGAGGUCGCCAAAGAGCUUGGUGCGAAAAGCGGCAAUGCCUGCUAUCAUCGUCAUUGGGCCAUCAUGAAGCGAUGGGGUUUAGCCGGAGGAGGUGUUGGUCGAGCACGUAAAGCUGCAGGUGGAGCAGGCGCCACUACUCUUCCUGCUGCUACUGCUGGUGCUGGCAAGCGCAAGCCGAGACCUACCAAAACUAUGCUCGACAGUACCGCCAGACAUGAUAGCAGCUCAGAAACGGGUGGUAUUGGAAGUGAUGAUGCAAACCCAUCCCCACCAGCCAAGAGGGUUAGGGUGGCUAGGCCAAAGAAAACACCAGCAACUACUAUCAAGGCUGAGGACGAGAGUGAUGACGACGAUCGAGUUCGGAUUGAAAAGUGUGAGGUUGAGACUACGACCAUCAAGACUGAGGAAGGUACUCGGGUCAUGGCGAUGGGUACCCAGGUGAAACAGGAGAGUCAUGAUGGAGAGUGA